GGUGACCCGGUGGUGAUACAGGCGAAAGAUCUGUUGCGAAUGCAGCAACUGUUUCAGAUCAAUCGCUACAAUCUCCUCGCAAGCGAUCGGAUCGCCCUGAACCGUAGUCUGCCUGAUGUGCGCAAGGCAAAGUGUUCCGCCAAGCAGUACCCUUCGAAGCUGCCAACCACUUCCAUCAUUAUCGUCUUUCACAACGAGGCCUGGUCGGUGCUGUUGCGCACGGUGUGGAGUGCCAUCAAUCGCUCUCCGAAGGGGCUCAUCCGGGAGAUCCUGCUGGUGGACGAUGCGAGCGAUCGGCGGUUUUUGAAGCGCGAGCUUGACAACUACGUCCAAAAGCUGCCCAUUUCGGUGACCAUUUUGCGCCUCGGUCAACGGGAAGGGCUUGUGGCGGCCCGGCUACUCGGAGCACGGAUGGCCACCGGUGACACGCUCACGUUUCUCGAUGCACACUGCGAGUGUUCACCGGGAUGGCUGGAACCGCUGCUGGCCCGCGUGCAGGAGAACCCGAAGAAGGUGGUCUGCCCGGUGAUUGACAUCAUUUCGGACGAUAACUUUUCGUACAUCAAAAGCUUCGAGUUCCACUGGGGAGCGUUCAAUUGGCCGCUGCACUUUCGCUGGUACACACUGAGCGAUGAAGAGCUGGCAGAACGGCGGAAGGACACUACGACCCCCUUCAAGACGCCGGCGAUGGCCGGCGGAUUGUUUACGAUCGAUCGGAAGUACUUUUUCGAUAUCGGGGCGUACGACGAGCGGCUCAAGAUUUGGGGUGGCGACAAUCUGGAAAUGUCGUUCCGCGUGUGGCAGUGUGGCGGCGAGAUCGAAAUCGCGCCCUGUUCGCACGUAGGCCACCUAUUUCGGAAGAGUUCCCCGUACACGUUCCCGGGUGGUGUUACCGGGAUUCUGAACGAAAACCUUGCCCGCGUGGCGCUCGUUUGGAUGGACGAUUGGGCCAAGUUUUUCUUCAAAUUCAACAAAGGAACGGAGGAGUUUAAAAGUUUGAACGUGUCGAGCCGGUUGGCGUUGAAACGGUCACUGAACUGCAAAUCGUUCGAUUGGUAUCUGAGGCGCGUUUGGCCGCAAAACUUUUUCCCCGCACCGAACAAAUUCUUUGGCCGCAUACAGCCGAUCGACCUCACGACGUCGUUCGACUACCAGGAGUACCUGACGCUGAUGAAGAAGAUCACGCUGAUCAUCAAGCACCUCAACCCGGAGCUGCAGUGGAAGUUUCUGAUCAAAUACCUCACCGAGAACGUGCGGCGUAUCGGGGACGCGAUGAAGGCGGCCAAACAUACGCCCUUCUGUCUGCACAAACCGAAGACGAAUGCGGCCAUCAACCAGCCGUACGGCCAGUGCUUCCUGCAGAAGUGCUCGCUGCUGAUCAACGUGCUCGACGAGCAGUUUGUGAUCGACGAUUACGGGCGCAUUAUGACGGACGAGGGCAUCUGUCUCGAUUCGUACCGUCGCACCACCAUCGAUGGCGAGGAGCUGGUCGAGGGCGUCCGGAAGAUUAAGAUGGUUACGUGCGGGAGCCAGAAACCGAACCAACGGUGGAUCUACGAAACGGACACGUACCACCUGAAGAACAUUGGCGCCGGUGUGACGGACUGCUUGGAGCGCAGCGCGACGCUCGUGCGUGAAGAUGGGGAAGACAAGUACGAGCUGUUUCUAGGGCCGUGCGAUGUCCGGAACGAACUGCAAAAGUGGAUGCUCUUUCCGGUGGCGUGGAAGUAAAACCAUCGGGGUCCGCACGGGGUUUGGCAGAACGAUUUCAUUCCAGCUGAGACACCCGAGAGGUGUGUGCUGGAACACCAUCCAUUUCACCACUAGUUAAUGAGAGCAAAUCUUACUUAAACUAAUAUUGUUUGGGAACUACUAGAAAAAGGGAGAGCUGACAGACAGAACCGUGUGCGAGGCAAAGCAGGGAACGCAGUGCCAAAAGAGGCACUUCUUCCAACCUUCAUUAGCCUCACGAACCUCAAUCGGACUUCGCCGCAGGAGUGCGUUGAAGCCGGUUUAGUAAUACUAAGACGAGAACUGUAGAGACAAAACAUUUCAUAACGUAACUUAAGUAACAUUCUUCCCGCGAACG